AACGGUGACGGUUGUUUACGAUCGCUGAACGCAAGAAUUCAUUUGACACGUUCGUCUAGCUAGCGUUACGGGCACCCUGUGGAAUAUUUGAGUUGAAAACUUAAAAUGAAUUAAAGUUUUGUACGAAAAAUUAAAACGUUUUAUUUUUAACAAUUUUUUGGUUUUUGGUAAAAAAUAGGAAAAUCAUAAAAUUCAAAGAAGCUUGACAUCUGAGGUGUCUUUGUGUCAUUUAGUCCGGCCGAGUGGUGUUUUAUGAUUUUUGUUAGACGGUUGGUGGCGGCUGGUUCUGUUUUACGCUUCAUCGAGCGCAUAUUAAAAGAAAAAAAAAACAACAAUAAAAUAGUUGUCGUUUUGGAAUCAUCUGCCGGCAUUUGAAAGAGGGGAGUAGAUGAAUGAAAAAAUGCCCACAAGAAUUAAGGAAAUUGAAAAUUGAAAUAUAAAAAAUAGUGCUAAAAAAUUUAUUGCGUUCGCUUUUGUUUUGUGCAAGCGUCAAAAAAAUAAUAAAAACAAAACACAAAACGAAAAAUAAGAGCAAUACUGAAAACCUAUAAAAAUUCAAAUUUUAUGCUCAUUCAGUGUUAAAAGUGAUGUAUUUGAAUACAAAUCAAAUUUAAAUUGCAAUCCGAAAAAUCGAAAAGAAAACAAAAAGGAAAUAUUUUGUCAGGUUAUUGGCCCACAUAGCCACCAGACAAUUUCCACGAAAAUCUGAAUCUAUAUUGAAAAAGAAAAAAAAAACAAUAAUUUCAGUAUUGAAAUCAGUUUCGUUUUUUUUUUCUCUAGUGUUGUGAAAUUUUCAAAUAGUUCUCUGGAAAAAAGUCAUCAUCGGCAUUGCCAGUGUCAGUGUUGUUCUAAGCGUAUCGUUCGUUGCAUGAGUGAUAUAUGACAGGUUAACGUCUCCACGUCUGACAUUUUGUCGACGACUAUUUGCCUGAACAUUGUUGUAUGUGACGUGUGUGCUGUGGUUGUUGUUGUGCAAAAAAAAAAAAAAAACGAAAAACUUCUUCAAUUAAUUCACUUGUGUCCGUUUUUCUGUUGCAACGUUCGUCAAUCAUCAUUGUUAGCCAGUCAGUCAAUUAGCAGCAACAGUUUAUCAGCAACAGUUUUAUGAGGUGCUCAAUGUUUUUGUAAUCGCAUCAGGAGCAAAUCAUAAAAAACAACAACAACAACAAAAAGAAGACAAUACUGUCAACAGUCCAGUGACAACUUGGAUAAUAUACAUAGAACUUCUGGCGACAGUGGGCACAAAUUCCGCCUUUUCGUCAUCAUAUCAAAUUCUCACGCUUCCUUGUUCUUGGUCUCCCGCCCCACUCCCAAUGGCUGAUGAAAAACAAAUCUGUGCUAAAAUAACUUUCAAUUCAAUUUGAUUGACGAUAAAUCGAUUGAUAAGGUUUCAGCUGAGCGCGCACACACACACACACACGGAAACCCCAAGAGACACUCACACACACAAAUCUAUAACAUGAGCUGGAAGUUCUUUUGGAAAUUGUUCGCUUUGAUGCAGAUUCUUUACUUGAGUGAGAGCAGUCAUGUUCAAUUGGUCGAACGACAGAAACCAGCAGCGGAAGUUACCGCUUCAAUGGGUCAUUUGCUGACAUCGCCAGCACCAGCACACCCUCUUAACCAGUCGAACUUGCAACAACAAUCGCCGGUCGAACAACAUAGGAGACACUACGAUGGACAGCGGCCCCACCGAAAUCGUUUCCAUCACUGGAACAAUGGACAAAGGGUCCAUCGGGUGUAUACCAAUGAAAAUCGUCGUCAUCACCAUCAUCCUCGCCGACAUCCGUAUCACCGAUGGACGCCACGACGGCGACCAUCACGUCACCAUCAUCACCACGAGCCGCACUACUUUUUUGGACAAUGGUCUCCGUGGUCCUCAUGUUCGCCCGAUUGCAUGAAGCGGCGGGAACGUCACUGUAAAAUCAAGCGGAAAUGUGGCCAUAGCAAACACAUCGAAGAACGUCAAUGUCGCCGAUGUCAUCCGGCGGCAACGGACGCUAGUAAAUGGUCAACAAGCACGUCAAGCAGUCUACCGCCGCAUGGUGUCCAGCCGAUACAACAGCAGCAACAGCAACAACAACAGCACACCAGCAACACAGUGCCAACAAUUGUAAUUAAUGCAGCAGCUGCCGCUGCCACAGCGCCCAUUGCAGCAAGUGUUGGCAGCCAGACGACGCAUCAGCCCACACUAUGGAGUGGUGGCACACCAACCGAGUCGUACAACCAACAUCCUGUAAUACAAAGUGAGGAACUUGUUGCCGAACAUGUAAGCAGCAGCACGAGUGGGGGUCGUCACGAAUAUUGGCGAGGAGGCGGGGAGGAAGUCGACGACGACGAUAGUGUUGAAUCAGAUUUUUAUGUUAUCAAAGCUAAAAGGAAACGUCCACCUCACCAUAGAUCACCACCAAAAGUCAGUUAUCCAGAUAUUCCAGUACAUCAUGAACUCAGUGAUUACUCGGAGGAACAAGCCGAAGAUGCUCUCAACGAGUUGGGUUCAGCCCAACCGCCCAGCGAGUAUCUGCAGACAUCGCCCACAAAUGUAAAGACAAUGCGCCAUCAUCCGAGACCGCGUAGACCACAAAGACAAAAUCCACGCCAUCACCGAAAAGGCAAAUCAAAUGGCUUCAAGACCUUCGAUGAUGGCUCCGAGGGUGAAGUAUUUCAAUAUGAGGAUUUCGACAUCGAUUUGAGUCAUGGCGACAAUCAAGAGAAUGGCGGUGAUAUGUCCUAUGAGGAGUUCAGUGAUUACAAUGAGUAUCGGAAUUUAACGGGUGCUCCGCCAGCCAAGGAAAGAGCCACCCCAGAGCAUUUGAUACCGAAACAUAGGAGGAUUUACUCCAAAUGGAGCCGGUGGACAAAGUGUACACCAAAGUGCACAACGCGGAGAUAUAAAAAAUGCCGUGUUCGUGAACAGUGUGGACGUGAAGUUCUGCGCGAAAUAGCCUAUUGCUAUACGGAGGGAAGUUUUUGCCAGCAAUGGUUAAAUGCCCAAGUUCAAAAACUACCCGCCUACGAAUUGAGACCAUCUGCUACACGUCGUCGUGAUGUGAGUGAUGAUGGUGCUAUUUCAAAUUCAAUUGUCAGCGACUUUAUUAUGAAUGGGAAAGGAUAUCGAGGACCUGAAUAUACUCCCAUGAAACUGAAGUGUGGUAUUGCUCCGAUUCGCAGUAAUAAACGUAAUAUGUAUAAUAUGUUGAAAAUUAUUGGCGGCAAGGCGGCACGAAAAGGUGAAUGGCCGUGGCAGGUGGCGAUUUUUAAUCGUUUUAAGGAAGCCUUUUGUGGUGGAACAUUGAUUGCCCCCCAAUGGGUCCUGACAGCCGCCCAUUGUGUACGCAAAGUCUUGUAUGUUCGCUUGGGUGAACAUAAUCUGGAUCAUGAGGAUGGCACAGAGAUGCAUUUGAAAGUUCUGAAAAGCUACAAACAUCCGAGUUUCGAUAAGAAAACUGUGGACAGUGAUGUUGCCCUACUGAAACUUCCCAAACCGGUAAAUACCACAACCUGGAUAGGCUUCUCCUGCCUACCCAAACCAUAUCAACCACUGCCGAAGAAUAUCGAGUGUACGGUCAUUGGUUGGGGUAAGCGUCGGAAUCGCGAUGUAGCCGGCACCAGUGUCCUGCAUCAGGCCGAAGUCCCCAUCAUCUCAAUGGAUAACUGCCGUUCGGUAUAUUACGAUUACACCAUUACGAAAAAUAUGUUUUGUGCCGGUCACAAACGGGGACGCAUCGAUACCUGCGCCGGCGAUUCGGGUGGUCCCCUGCUCUGUCGCGACAACACCAAACCCAACCAUCCUUGGACCAUAUUCGGUAUCACGUCAUUCGGCGAUGGCUGUGCCAAACGCAAUAAAUUUGGCAUCUACGCCAAGGUGCCCAACUACGUUGACUGGGUAUGGUCCGUAAUCAAUUGCAAUGGCAAUUGUAAAAUGCAUCAGCGUUUGUAGCGGCCAAUGGGGCGAGGGUAAUAAUGGCCAAAGCCAAACAUCAUCAACUCGAUUGUAAGUCCAUUGUAAUAAUGUAUUUAUGUAUGUAUCUGUGCGUAUGAGUAGAUUUAAGUAGCAGUCGAGGUAUUGUAAGCCAAUACAAAGUUAGAUUUAAUGAUUUAUGUUUUUUGAUAUUUUUUGUUGAUCCUUUUGUAAAAUAAGCCAAGAUUUUCGUUAUUAUUUUCCAAUAAGAAAAAUGAUGUGUAUUUUCUAUGAAAUUUGAUUUAUUUUUCGGCGACUAAAAUGAAAUCAGCCACUACUCAAAUAAUGUUGGUAAUUUUCAAAAAAAAAUGAAAAGAAAAAAAUUAUUAAAUGAUUUAUGACAGAGCUACUGUGGCACAGUGGGUGGUUAGAGUGCAAAAAAUAUACAUAAAUACAUUUCGUAUGACUUUCAUGUUCGAUUUUCCAUCUAAGAAAUAAAAAAUAACUCUCUGAGGUUUUCUAUGCAAAUAAAAACUUAUGUAUGUAUCGAAGAACUUUUCAGAGUUUUCUGAGGAUAGAUGACCUACCAGAGGUUUCCUUCGGCUAAAAAUCCAUAUUUCCAAGUCUUGCAUAGAAUGAAUAUCUUUCAGAGGUAUUUUAUGGAUAGAAUACCUAUUUUUACGUCUUUAUGGGUAGAAGCCCUUCCCGAGGUCUACUUUGAAUUUUUAAAGAUUUUUAUGUGAAGAAGACCUAUUGAAGGUCUACGCAUGACAAACGAUUUUCAUUUGAUUGAUGAUAUUCUAGAGAAGAUAGAGAUAUUCUACAAAUCGGCCUCUUGAAGACCCUCUGUGGUUAAAUGUAUUUGAAGGACAAAAAAGCCUUGUAUAAAGAUAUUCUGGAGAUCCAUUUAAUUACGAAGCCAUUUAAGGAAGAAUAGAGGUCAAAUGUAUGCCGAAAAAGUUGAAAAUUGAUUUUUAUAGAAAAAGACCUUAGAGGCUAUGGAUAUAUGUGUAGGUUGCAUUUUUUCUAUAGAAAAAAAUUUAAGAGACUGAGGCUUUGAACAGAAUGCAACCUCAGUUCACCAAGGCAAUUUUUUUAUAGAAAAAAAUCCAACAUCAUUCCAAUGAGGCUAGUUUUUUCUAUAGAAAAAAAUCCAACCUCAAUUCACCGAUGCGUUUUUUCUAUAAAAAAAAACCUACCUCAAUCCUAUGUGUUUUUCUAAAGAAAAAAAAAACGACCUCGUGCCUGAGGUGACGGAGGCGAGAUUUUCUAUAGAAAACUCUACCUCAGACUCUCACCUCAGUCACUGAUGUAGAUUUUUCUAUAGAAAAUCUUACCUCAGUCACAGAUGAAGAUUUUUCUAUAGAAAAUCUCACCUCAGUCACUGAUGUAGAUUUUUCUAUAGAAAAUCUCACCUCAGUCACUGAUGUAGAUUUUUCUAUAGAAAAUCUCACCUCAGUCACUGAUGUAGAUUUUUCUAUAGAAAAUCUCACCUCAGUCACAGAUGAAGAUUUUUCUAUAGAAAAUCUCACCUCAGUCACAGAUGAAGAUUUUUCUAUAGAAAGCCUCACCUCAGUCACUGAGAUAGAUUUAGAUUUUUCUAUAGAAAAUCUCACCCGAGUCACUGAGGUAGAUUUAGAUUUUUCUAUAGAAAAUCUCACCUCAGUCAAUUUAAAAAAAAAAUCACCCUAGGUCUUUGGACCAAAUCCCUUUCAGGACAUUUGGAGUCGAUCUAGCGAUGUCCGUCCGUCUGUCUGUCUAGCUGACUGGUGCGCACGAUAACUCUCGAAGGGAGUUAUUCGAUUUGAUCCAAACUUGGCACAUCGUAAUAUCAUUGUUAAACUUAUAUGAGUUCGGAUAUGAGCAAUAUCGGUCCACUCCUUUCGGUACCUCCCACACAAAAUGUUAGCAUUUUCUAAGAAAAUAAUUUACUGCACAGAAAGAGAAAGGAUAAUCCGAUUUUACUCUAACUUUGCGAAUCCAAAUAUUUGCAUCAGUGCUAGGUCAGGUGCAAAAAUGUAGGUUCACUCCAUCAAGUACCUUCCCCACAAAGGGUCAAAAUUUUAAAAAAUAAUAAUAAUUCUAAUAAAACGUGAUGUACGUGUCCGAUGGUCUUCAAAUUACACACAUCACAAUAUUUUUAUUAACCCAUGGUCUGGUGUGAAGAUGAAAUACAUUGGUUCACUCCUUCUGUUACCUCUCCCACAAAGGGUCGAAAUUUUGAAUAUCCAUGAAGCUGAUAAAACGCAAAAAUUGAUAUUCGAUUUCAUUCAGACUUCGUAAAUCUCGAUUUUUCCACCAACACAAUAGUUGUUAUACAUAAAGAUGGUAGAGAUCGGACCAUUUCUUCUGGUACCUCCCCCACAAAGGGUCGAAAUUUUGAAUAACCAAACCGAUCAUAAAAUCUGAAAUAAGCAUCUGGUUCCCUUAAAAUUACACGUAUCUCAAUAUUUUUAAUAACCAAAGGUAGAAUAUAUUGAUCCACUCCUUCUGGUACCUCCCCCAUAAAGUGUCAAAAUUUUGAGUAUCCAUGAAGCUCAUAAAAUGCGAAAUUUUCAUCCGAUUCCAUUCAGACUUGGUACAUCUCAAUAUUUCCAUCAAUAGAAGAUAUAUUAUAAAGAUGGUACAGAUCGGACGUUUUCUACAAAAGUCACCUCAGACACUGAGGUGUAUUUUUUUAAUAGAAAAAAAAACACCUCACAUACUGAGGUGUGAUAUUUUCCUACCGAAAAAAAAGUCACCUCAGUCAUUGAGAUAGAUCUUUCCAUAAAAAAAGUCACCUCAGUCAUUGAGGUGUGGUUUUUUUCUAUAGAAACAAGUUAAAAAGCAGUAAGUUCGGCCGGGCCGAACUUUGAGUACUAUCCACCAUUUGGAACGAAUUUGGAAAUAAAAUCCUGAAAAAAUUUUGGUAAAAUUUUAAAAAUACCGAAUAUUGCCGUUAUAUUGGUGCCUAUACCACGUGGACCCACACAGGCAUUAUUUGUCAUGAGUCAUUACCAAAUUCAAAUUCGGAACUUGAAAUAAACGCGAAUAAUGUAACUAAAAUCAUCAAAGUAUAGAAUAUAAGGAGGUACCGUUAUAUCGGAGCUGUGCGAAGACCUGAACCUGCGUAGACAAUUUUUUGUCAUAUUCUGUAGCAUCCAUUACGAACUUCAAAUACGACAUUUCAAACAAUUUCGGUGAGUAUUGUACCUAAACUCGUCAAAAUACCGAAUAUAGGGAGGUACUGGUACAUGGGGCCUAUACGAAGACCUGGUCCUGCAUAGACAAUUUUCUGUCACAGACUGGAGUUUCCAUUACGAACUCUAAAUGCGUAAUGUGAAAAAAUUUUGGUGAAUAAAGACGCUAAAAUCACCAAAAUACCGAAUAUAGGGAGGUACCGUUAUAUGGGGGCUAUACGAAGACGUGGACCUGAACAGACAAUUUUCUGUCCUAGGCUGUAGUAUCCAUUGCGAACUUCAAAUACCAAAUUUUGUACAAUUCCGAUUAAUAAUGUCGCUAAAAUCAUCAAAAUACCAAAUAUCGGGAGGUACAGUUAUAUGGGGGCUAUACGAAGACGUGGACCUGCACAGACAAUUUUCUGUCUUAGGCUGUAGUAUCCAUUUUGAACUUCAAAUACCAAAUUUGAAACAAUUCCGGUGAAUAAUGUCGCUAAAGUCAUCAAAAUACCGAAUAUCGGGAGGUACCGUUAUAUGGACCUACAUGACCCAUUUACGAACUUAACCUGCCUACUGUAAAAAUAAACCUGUGUGCAAAAUUUUAGCCUUGUAUCUCAAUUCGUUCGAAAGAUAGCGUGAUUACAACAGACAGACAGACGGACAGACAGACAGACAGACAGACAGACGGACAUCGCUAAAUCGACUUAGAAUUUUACGCUGAUCAAGAAAAUAUAUACUUGGAUGUGUCUGACACGAGUAUUUCGAGGAGGUACAAACGGAAUGACAAAGUUAAUAUACCCUCCAUAGUAUGGUGGAGGGUAUAAAAAGUCACCUCAGCCACCGUAGAAGAAUUUUCCUAUAGAAAAAAGUCACCUCAGACACUGAGGUGUAAUUUUUUUUGUCUAUAGAAACAAAUAAUUCUCUGUUACUGAGGAUCCUCAGAAACUUAGAAAGAAACCACUAGCUCGAUAUUUGAAAUAUUGAACCCACUGUGCCCUUGCUUCAUACAUUACUGACAGUGGCACCAAUAGUUUCCAUAUGUGCCUUUAUUUGUUGUUGCCAGCGUCAUCAUUGUCGAUCGUUCCAGUUUGAUAAAUUACUUUAUAUGCAUUUAAUCAUAAGUUAUAUUAUUACUCUUACCCCUGCCCCCAUUUAAGCCGCACUCCACGGUGGGUCUAUUGUUAAUUUUGUAAUGAAUUCUCUAUGGAUUAUGUACAAUAUACAUUUUUUUGUCGUUUGCUAAUCUUUUUUUAACAUUGAAUAUCAAUCUAUUUGAUUUUAAUGUGCAAUUUUGUACGCACACACACACACAGACGAAAUAUAGAUGCCUUCUAUGGAGCGUAAUUUUAUCGAUAUUUAAUAAUGCAAAUAAUUUAUACAAAAUUACAAAAAUAUUAUAUAUUUGUAAGAUAUUUUUUGUAAAAGAUUUAUUUAUUUUAAUUUAAAUGCUGAAGAGGCUGUGAAUAUGUUUGAUCAAAAUAUCAUUUAAAAGAUAUAUACUCGAAUUUUUUUUUUUUUAAUUUGCAAAAAAAAUAAAAUUAAAAUUUUGAAAAGAAAUGGUGAGUAGGGUGAUCGGUCAUAAACAAGCUAAUGGGAAUAUUUUCCGUAGAAUAGAUGGCAAAAGAUGACAGCGCUUGAUGUGUCACAUAGUCAAUGUGUCACCUUACUCAUUUGCUGUAAAGCCAUAAUAAAGUUGGGAAAUUUAUUUCAUUGGCGUAUAUCCCGGCGUUUAGCACUAUCGAUGGCCAACAACAAACAAA